AUGUGGGAGCUCACGAAUGACCCACUUGAAGCAGAGAUUCAAGCAGAAAUAGAUGAAGAGAUUGAAGAAGAGAUUGAAGCAAGCAUCCAAGUUGAUCUAGCUGCUACCUCCAACCAGCCAACAAAGAAAAAGUAUAUAGAUCGAAAUAGAGAAGAUGCAAACAAGCGGUUAGAAGCUGACUACUUCUGCAGCAACCCGGUGUAUACCAAUGCUCAAUUUCGGAGGAGAUUCAGGAUGCGAAUGCAUAUAUUUCUGCGCAUCGUACAGAUCCUUGGUGAGUGGUCUCCAUAUUUUCGUCAACGUCGAGAUGCCUUCGCGAAGAAAGGUUUUUCAACACUACUUAAGUGCACAGCUGCUAUGCGCAUGUUGGCUUAUGGUAGUCCUGCUGAUCUAUUAGAUGAGGGUCUGCGAAUUGCAGAAAGUACUGUCAUUGAGUGCUUGACCUUAUUUGUGAAAGGCAUUAGAGAGAAUUUUGGUGCACAUUAUCUUAGAAGACCCACUGAAGAUGACAUUAGAAGGUUGCUACAAAUAGGUGAAGCACGUGGGUUCCCUGGGCAGUAUACUCGAGGUGAUUAUAAGGUCCCAACAAUCAUGCUCGAAGCUGUUGCCUCGCAUGAUCUGUGGAUAUGGCAUGCAUUUUUUGGUGUGCCUGGUUCAAACAAUGACAUUAAUGUCUUGAAUCAGUCACCAUUAUUCACAAACAUAUUACAAGGAAGCGCUCCGCCAUCCCAGUUCACAGUGAAUGGCAAUCAAUACAAUAUGGGGUACUACCUAGCCGAUGAUAUAUAUCCUGAGUGGGCUGCUUUUGUCAAAACAAUUGCAUUGCCUUACAGCGCGAAGCAUAAAUUGUUUGCAACAAAGCAAGAAGCUGCAAGAAAAGAUGUUGAGAGGGCAUUCGGAGUUUUACAGGCUAGAUUUGCAAUAUUACGAGGCCCUGCUCGCUUUUGGAAUGAAGACACGCUGACAGACAUCAUGUAUGCAUGUAUUAUACUCCACAACAUGAUAGUUGAAGAUGAAAGGGAUUCCUACCAGGUUCGAUUUAAUGACAACGAGCCUUAUGACAUAAGGGCAGAAAAUGAGCACUAUGAGCAGGGAACUUCUAAGCCAUUGGUAGGGUUUGCUCAUGGACCAAUUCAUGAGUUCUCUAGAGUACUUGAAGCAAAUGAGGCCAUUCAUGAUCGGGAAAAGCAUCAUCAACUCAAGGCUGACUUGGUUGAGCAUAUAUGGCAAAGAUUUGGGAUGAAUAAGUUUAGUGUAGUAUUAUAUCUGGCCGAGCGCGUGGAUGGCUCUGGUGAUGUCGCCCAGCAUGACGUGCGUGAUGCGCUGCCCCGCGUUGGGGUACCCGCGGCCGGCGGCCCUGGCGCCAUCCACUGGUACUGCGGGGAGCCGGACGCCGAGGGCGCGGAGUGCGGCGGUGCCUCGUCGGGGAUGACGCAGUCGACGCGGACUUGA